AUGGAGGAGUUGCAAGCCAUUCAACACAUCCUAUCGCUAUAUGAAGGGGCAUCCGGUCAACAAAUAAACUGGGAGAAGACAACCCUUUUCUUUAGCAAAGCAGUGCCUGAAGAAAAGAAGAGAGACAUUAUAAGUUUCCUAGGAGUUCCAGAAAUCAAGGAAUAUGAAAAAUACCUUGGUUUGCCCGCUAUGGUUGGUAGAAAUAAAAGGGCAAGUCUCAAUUAUAUCAAAGAGAGGGUGUGGGCAAAGCUUCAAGGUUGGAAGGAAAAGCUCCUAUCUCAAGCGGGGAGAGAGAUCUUGCUUAAGGCGGUGGUGCAAGCUAUCCCCAUAUUUGCAAUGAGUUGUUUCAAGUUGCCGGUGGGUUUGUGCAAGGAGAUUGAAAUGCAAAUCAGAAAAUUUUGGUGGGGUGAACGUGGUUUGGUAUUGGAGGCAAAAAGCAAGAAAGGCUCCUUUGCUUGGCAAAGUAUCCUUAAAGCAAGGCAUGUCAUUGAGAAGGGGAUGUUAUGGAGGGUUGGUGAUGGAUCACAGAUUAGGGUGUUCAAGGAUAGUUGGAUUCCGGGCUGCCUUCCAACCAAAGCAGUACCACUCACGCAAGAAUGUAAGGAUGACUCCACGGUUAGCUCACUAAUAGACCAGACAACAAUGGAAUGGAAUGGCCAGUUGAUUGACCAGAAAAUUUCUCCAUACCUGGCUCAAAGAAUUAAGGCUAUCCCACUUUGCAGAAUGCCACAGGCAGAUUGCACCGUUUGGCCACGAAGCCGGGAUGGAAAUUAUUCGGUAAAGACAGGGUAUCAACUAUUAGGUGAGCUGGAAAACAGGAAGGUUGCGUUGGGGUCAAACACUAAUGAUUCGAGGAAUUUUUGGAAGUGGAUGUGGAGUUUCCAAAUCCCCAACAAGAUAAAACACUUUGGCUGGCGAGCAUGCACUGAAUCACUCCCAACGCUGGCAAAUUGCAUCGGCGAAAAGUGUUGCGGUCACCGUUAUGCAGCAACUGUAACAGAGUAA